UUUCACCUGAGAGGAGAGAGAAAAAGAAAAAAAAAACCCUCUUGAAACGCUAACACAUUGUAGAGAACAUCACUCUCUCCCCUUCUCUCCUUCUAUCUCUCUCUCGCGCCAUGAGUCUGUUUGGUCUGGGCAGGAACCAGAAAACAUUUCGCCCAAAAAAGAGUUCGCCCUCAGGGAGUAAGGGGGCUCAGUUAAGAAAGCACAUCGAUGCCACCUUGGGUAGUGGAAACCUAAGGGAAGCAGUAAGACUUCCCCCAGGGGAGGAUUUCAAUGAGUGGCUUGCUGUCAAUACUGUGGAUUUCUUCAAUCAGGUGAAUCUGCUCUACGGCACCCUCACCGAGUUCUGCACUCCUGAGAACUGUCCUACAAUGACUGCUGGCCCCAAGUACGAGUAUAGAUGGGCAGAUGGUGUACAGAUCAAGAAACCCAUUGAAGUUUCUGCACCCAAAUAUGUGGAAUACCUAAUGGACUGGAUUGAAGCUCAGCUUGAUGAUGAGUCUAUAUUUCCUCAAAAGCUUGGAGCACCUUUUCCUCCCAACUUCAGAGAAGUCGUCAAGACAAUAUUCAAACGUCUCUUCCGUGUAUAUGCCCACAUAUAUCACUCGCACUUUCAGAAGAUCGUGAGUCUUAAGGAGGAGGCUCAUCUCAACACCUGCUUCAAGCAUUUCAUACUGUUCACAUAUGAGUUUGGGUUGAUUGACAAGAAGGAGCUCGCGCCACUUCAGGAGCUUAUAGAGUCCAUUAUAGUUCCAUACUGAAUAAUAUAUCUAAAGAAUAAAGUAUUGAUGCUUAAUUUAGUUAAUGAGACGAUGGAAAUAAAAUGCAUCUUUACUAUUAUUGACUA